AUGCCUGCCUUGGACGUCAUGCCGGAGAAGGCCCACCAGCCGGCCAUGUCGCCGUCGCACCACGGCCACGGGUGGGACGCCAGCGGCGCCCCCACCCCCAUGCACAAGAGGCUGGACGGCAAGAACGCCGCCUGCGAGCUGGGCGCGCACGGCAUCCGCGUCAACUGCGUCUCGCCCUUCGGCGUCGCCACCCCAAUGCUCAUCAACGCGUGGCGCCAGGGCCACGACGCGUCCGCCGCCGACGACGCCGACGCCGACAUCGGCCUCGACGUGGCCGCGCCGAGCGACCAGGAGGUGGAGAAGAUGGAGGAGGUGGUGAGGAGCCUCGCCACGCUCAAGGGGUCCACCCUCAGGCCCAGGGACAUCGCCGAGGCGGUGCUCUUCCUGGCCAGCGACGACUCCAGAUACGUGUCCGGCCACAACCUCGUGGUGGACGGCGGCGUCACCACCUCAAGAAACUUGAUCGGGCUGUGA